AUGCAUAAGCAGUAUAAUUUUGCUGGAGUUGAUCUCUUAUAAGAAUUUCCUGAACAACAAUCUUAUUUUGAAUAGACUUAAGGAUAUCAAAAUGAUUUUGAAUCAUCAAGACAACCAGUCAUUCCAGAAGUCUACUAGCCAACCAAUUUGGGAAAGGACUUAUUUAUUACACUUCAAAAUGAAUAUCGUAACACCAGAAAGGUAACAACUUAUUCAGACAAAGCAUUGUUUGAUUUAUGGAAGGUGACUGCAAGAUCUUAAGCAGGUAAGCCCCCUCCAAAGAAACCAGGAAAAGAACCUGAAAAUGAGAUAAUAAGGAAACAACUAGAACAUAAAAGAAAUUUGCAUUUUUAUGCUUAGGCUAAUGAAAAGGAUGUUCAAUAUACUUUGAAACAAUUUGGGGAAGCUGAAGAAUAAAAUGCCAACAUCAGUAAAUUUAUAGAGGAGAGACAAUCAUAGUUGUUAUAAUAAAAGAAAAAUUAAGAGAAGAAAAAUAAGAAAAUGAGUAAAGAAGUAUUGAAUAGACUAUUUCCUAAACCUCUGAUUUAAUAGGAGGAUGAUUUGAAAACAAAGGAAAAGAAAUAAAGAGAAUAAUUUGUUGAAGCUGUUAUUUAACAUUACAAAGCUAAAAACCCUGAUCAUAAGAAUUUUAGAUAUCCAGAUAGAUUAAGACAAUAUUGGAGUGAAAUAUAAAACAAUAAACCUCAAGGUAAGGGUGAGGACUUUGAUUUGUAUUUUUAAGAUUCAAUGGAAAUGAUAAAUGAUUAAUUUUAUAAAUUUAAAGGAUUUUAUACUGAUAAUGUAGAUGAUAUUAUUAAAAUAUGGAAAUAAACUCUUUAGAAUUCUAAAUAAGAGAUUGUAACAUAUGAAAGUGAAGAAAAUUUAAAAACUCUAAUGACUUAGUAUUUAUAAAUGAAAAAAGAUUAAGAAGAUGUCAAUUUAGGAUUACGUAAAAUUGAAAUGGAAAAGAGUAUGAAAAAAAAGAAAACUGAAAUCAAUUUUUAAAGAGUAACUGAGAUAGCAAAACCUAAAGAUAGGUUAAAAGUUGGCAAAACUUUAUUGGAUUUAAAGAAAAUGUACCCAAAUGAUAAGAUCUUAAGGAAAAUGUUAUUACAAGAGUUUCGUGAUACAAAAGUAGCAAAAUAUCCUUUGGAAUAUGAUGUUGUUGAUAGUGAUGAAGAAAACAAACAAAAAAUGAGGCAUCUCUCUCAAAAAGGAGGUUGUGUGAUAACCUUAGAAGAAAUGGAAGUACCUACAAAAAUGAAAAUAGAAGAGAUAGCAGACUUAUUUGAAAAACAUAUGGAAUAAUAUUAUUCUGAGAAACAAACUGCUUUAAGAAAAGAAGAAUAGGAAAGAAAAAAGAAAAGACAAUCUGAAUUCAAACUUAAUAAAUAUAUCGAAUAGAUGGCCAAGAAGUAUUUAGAGUUAAGGAAGAAGAGAUUCGAAGAAAAAGUUCCCACAAUUAAUGAAUAUUUAUCCACUAUGUACAAAUAAAUGUUGAUUUCUCAUAAAGAAGCAACGAAAGAAAACUUUCCUCAUUUGAAAUAUGGAGAAAGUAAGAAAUUACGAAAGAAAUCCUUUCCUAGUUCAUUGAAGAGAUAUUUCUUUGGAAUGAUGAAAUCCUAUGUUAGAAGAAAAUAUGAUUACAUAAAAGAUGAAACUAAUAGAAUUGGGUUUUGGGUACCAACCAAUGGAAAGAGUAUGUGUGUAGUACAUAAAGAUUCCUUAUGUCCACCUGGAUGUACGAGAUAGACCUUAAAUUAAAGAGUAAUAGGUUAGAGUCGAUUAGUAAAAGAGGCAUAACUCUUUGCAGAUAGACCAAAAACAUCAGUUUGGGAUUCUGAUAAUUAUUAAUCAGAGAGAUGCAACAUUAUGAUGACUUUCUCAGAUGCUAAAGAAUGCACAUUUUAGCCAGCAGUGUGUUAUAGAAUGCCUGAAAAAUUGAAGCGAGUGAUCUUAUAAACUCAUAAUUGGGCAUAAAAUAAUGUAGGUAAAAGUGGAUCAUUGAAGCAUUUCUUAUCAUAGUUUGGAGAUAAUUUCAAAAAAGUACCUUCAAUAUAUAGAUUUGGUAUAUUUAAGAGAUCUUAAGUACUCUAUAGAAAAGGAGAUUAUAGAAAAUCUUAUUAAUUAUUGGCACUUAGUUUUAAUAUAAGAGAUCUUAAAUUGAUAUUUAGAGAUCCUGAAGUCAAAAUGAAAUAGCCAAAACCACAUCCCAUUUUUAAUGCAUAAAAUAUGGGUUUAGAUGAAGACGAACUAAAGAAAGUACCACAUGAAAAUUUGUAAUUAAUGGAACCUGAAUAUUAGAAUAAACCUGAAUACAAAUUCUUAUUAGAAGUUUAUCUUUUUAUUAAGCAAAUGGAAUCAUAUGAAGACUCAUUGUACUAAUCAUAGAAUAAUCUUAAAAAGAUGCUCAAAUAAGAUUCUCGUUUCUAUACUUCACUUUAAGCUCUUAGCAAAUCUUAAUCUUACGAUCUACGUAAAUUAACUGUUAAAGAUUAAAUGUGUCCAUUAGGAUAGGAUUGUCCUUCAAUUCAAACAAGAUGGCCAAACUCAAAUGUAUCAGGUGUAACACCCAUUGGAGCAGAAUGUAUGUUCGCUCAUCAUCCAUAUGAACUGAGAUUCAGAUAGGAAUUAAGAGCAAGGAAAACUGCUUUGAGAGGAACUCUAAAAGCUGUAACUGAAAGACUGGGUGGAAAUUUAGCUAUUAAAGCAUGGAAUCCUGCAGGAAAUACAAUGAAACUUUGUAUUGGUUGUUCUGAAAAGGCUUUAUGUUCAGAAUGUGCAAUGAAAAAGAAGAAUAUUGCAAGUUUAGAGAUUUUAAGAAGAAAGGCAAAAAAAGCAUAUUUGAAAAUAAAGGAGAGACCUAAAUUUAAAGAAAGAAGAAAAAUGGAAGAAAAAGAAGCCAAGAAUUAUAACAUUAAGUUAAGUUGUUUGAGCAGAGCUAAUGCUUUGUAUAAUAAAGAAAGAUUUUCAGAAGCAUUUGAAGUUAUAAUAAAAGCAAUUGAAAUUGUUAAAUAAGAGAUCGAAGAAUAAGAAAAGGAAUUUGAAGUUAGUUAAAUGAAUCUUAAGAAAUAAUUGCAGAUUGAUCCAGAUACUGAUGUCACAAUUAAAUAAGUUUAUGAGUCAACUGUAAAAAUGAAUCCAGAUGAUAAGCAAGAGGCAUAGAAAUUAAAUAUGUAUGCUAAAUAGACCCAUUUGGAUGCUGAUCCUGAACCAGAUACCAGAUAGUUUAUUAAUAGGUAGAUUGAACUACUUUACAAGAAAAUAGAAGCAAAAUUGUAGGAUAAUUUAAAUGAUAUACAAUUGAUGAAAUAAAAAAUUAAUAAGAUUGAAGAUAAAGAUGAUUAAAAGGCUAAGAGCAAAACCAAAGACAUGUCUAUGAAGAUGUGUCCAGAAUUCAUUAAAGAAGGGAGAUGCAAGAAGGGGCAAAAGGAUUGCCCUUACUCUCAUAAUUAUCUUCUUUUAGAUUUGGAACCAACUGACAGCAAAUUGAAGAGUCUUUAAGAAUCCAUUAAGAUGAAGGAAGUUUCACUUAGGGAAUCAAAACCCCCUAUACCUUGGGUUUAAUCGGGAAUGAAAGAUGCAGAAGAAUACAAUAAUACUGCUGCUUAUGAUAAGUAAUUGGAAAGAAAAAGAAUUUUAAGAUCGAAAAGCAAACAAUCAAAACCAUCAAAAUCAUAAUCAAAGGAUUUGUAUUCCUAAGAUUUUGAGGACAUCAAAACACCCGUUUAUGAGAGAAAAAAGAAAUAAAACUUUUGA